AUGCGGAAGCGGGAUCUGGGCAUCCUGCUGCUCGCCGCCUUCGCCGUCUUCUUCUCCCUCCACCACGAGGGCGACUUCUCCUUCCGGGAGUCCUGGUACCACCUCACCGACGAGGACUUCCCCAUCAAGUACGAGGCCGACCGCCUGCCCCCGCCGCUCGUCGCCGACCUCAACGGCGACGGCAAGCCCGAGGUCCUCCUCCCCACCCACGACGCCAAGAUCCAGGUCCUCCAGCCGCCCCACGCCCGCCACCUCAGCGAUGACUCCGCCUUCCACGAGGCCCGCGUCAUGGCCGACAUCUCCCUCCUCCCCGACAACGUCCGCCUCGCCUCGGGGAGGCGACCCAUCGCCAUGGCCGUCGGCAACGUCGACCGCUCCUACAGGGCCGGCGAAGUCAGGAAGCAGGUCCUCGUCGUCGUCACCUCCGGGUGGUCCGUCAUGUGCUUCGAUCACAACCUCAAGAAGCUGUGGGAGCACAACCUCCAGGACGACUUCCCUCACGCCGCCCACCACCGCGAGGUUGCAAUCUCCAUUACCAACUACACUCUCAAGCAUGGAGAUGCAGGCCUCGUCAUCGUUGGAGGAAGGAUGGAGAUGCAGCAUCAUUCAGCAGAUCUCUUCGAUGAAUUUAUGAUACCAGAACACAACACGGAUGACCACCGUAGAAGCGCCAAUGAGAAACAGGGCUCAGAGACUGGCAAUGCGGACCUGCGCCAUUUUGCCCUUUAUGCCUUUGCUGGACGUAGUGGCGACCGUAGAUGGAACCGGAAGAAUGAGAACAUCCAGUCACAGCCAUCAGAUGCUUCUGUGAUGUUACCACAGCACAAUUACAAACUUGAUGUUCAUGCCCUCAAUAGUCAUCAACCUGGUCAGUUUGAAUGUCGUGAAUUCAGAGAAUCAAUCCUUGGCGUCAUGCCUCAUCAUUGGGAUAGGAGAGAGGAUACUACCCUACAACUUGCACAUUUUAGGAAGCAUAAAAGGAAACAAGUUAAGAAAACGCCUGGAAAGGCUGUUAUUAAUACCGUGAACAAGCCCAUUGAAUACAAUCCACCUGGGAAGGAUGCUUCCAAUAGAAUAGCUAGAGCACUUGGGAAGGCUGCAGAUAUGGCUAGCUCAAAUAAAGCCAGGAAGGCACAGAGGAUGCAGUAUGUUCCGACAAUCACUAAUCAUACUCAAGUUUGGUGGGUUCCUAAUGUUGUUGUUGCACAUGAAAAGGAAGGGAUAGAGGCUGUCCAUCUAGCUUCUGGACGUACAAUAUGCAAGCUUCAUUUGACCGAAGGAGGCCUUCAUGCAGAUAUUAAUGGAGAUGGAGUUCUGGAUCAUGUCCAGGUUGUUGGUGGAAAUGGUAUUAAAGAGCAGACUGUCGUGAGUGGAUCAAUGGAGGUGCUGAAACCCUGUUGGGCAGUUGCUACAUCUGGUGUGCCAGUGCGGGAGCAACUUUUUAACGUCUCUAUCUGCCAUUACAACCAUUUUAAUAUGUUCCAUCAUGGAGACUUCUCGAGAAGUUUUGGGAGGACAUUUGAUACAACUGGUUUAGAGGUCGCGACUCCUAUCCUGGUCCAGACAGACGAUGGCCAUAAACACAGGAGAGGAAGCCACGGCGAUAUCAUCUUUUUGACAAGCCGGGGAGAGGUGACUUCGUACUCCCCUGGGCUGCUUGGCCACGAUGCAGUAUGGAGAUGGCAAGUAUCAUCAGGGGCAACAUGGUCCAACCUCCCAUCUCCAUCGGGAAUGAUGGAGAACAUAGUGGUGCCUACCUUGAAGGCUUUCUCCCUGCGCGCCUAUGACCUGAAAGAGGUGAUCAUCGCCGGUGGCGACCAGGAAGCCGUUGUGCUCUCUCCUUCUGGUAGCAUAUUGGCCAUGAUCGAGCUCCCAGCGCCUCCCACUCACGCGCUGCUCCUGGAGGAUUUCUCUGGUGACGGUCUCACUGACAUCAUUCUGGUAACAUCCGGUGGAAUAUAUGGAUUCGUGCAGACAAGGCAGCCCGGGGCUCUUUUCUUCAGCACGCUCGUGGGGUGCCUGAUAGUUGUGAUCGGCGUGAUAUUCGUGUCUCUGCACCUCAACUCGUCGAACGGCGGCAAACCCAGGGCUUCCUCGGCUGAAUACAGAUGA